AUGCCGUUGCCCAAUGGAACGGCCAAAGAGGUUCGAGUGAGCCUACUCGGUAAAGAAAGUAUCAUCAUCAAUUUCGGACUAUGGCGCAACUAUGUGGCUUCUGACCUCCUGGACACCCUUGAGUCAUCCACCUACGUUUUAAUCACGGACACAAACAUCGGCGGCCUUUACACAGAAUCCUUCCGCAAAGCUUUCGAGGCUGCAAAGUCAAAGGAAUCAAGCCCAUCACGUUUACUUGUCCAUGAAAUUCCUCCCGGAGAGAGCUCAAAAUCGAGACAAACCAAGGAUGAUAUCGAGGACUGGCUUCUGAGUCAGAGCCCGCCAUGUGGCCGGGACACGGUGAUCAUUGCGCUAGGAGGCGGUGUCGUUGGUGAUCUAACCGGCUUUGUUGCUGCAACUUAUAUGCGCGGUGUACGAUUUGUUCAGGUGCCGACUACACUACUUGCUAUGGUUGACUCCGCCAUUGGUGGAAAGACAGCGAUUGACACUCCUCUUGGCAAAAACCUUGUCGGGGCCAUAUGGCAACCGCAGAGAAUCUAUAUCGAUCUUGACUUUCUUGGUACUCUUCCCCGCAGAGAGCUCAUCAAUGGCAUGGCAGAAGUAAUCAAGACCGCCGCAAUUUCUGACGAGAACGAGUUCAUCGCGUUGGAGUCAAAUUCCGACAAAAUCAUGGCUGCAGUCAACAGUGACAUCAAGCAAGGUGCAGCAAGGUUCAAAGAUAUUGAACCUAUCCUCAUCAGAGUCAUCUCCGCUUCUGCAAAGUUCAAGGCACAUGUCGUUACAAUUGAUGAGCGUGAGACAGGGUUGAGGAAUUUGCUGAAUUUCGGGCACUCGAUAGGCCAUGCGAUGGAGGCUUUUCUGACUCCUCAGGUGCUCCAUGGCGAAUGUGUCGCCAUUGGCAUGAUCAAAGAAGCUGAGCUUGCUCGCUACCUUGGUGUGCUUAGUGGAGUUGCAGUUGGAAGAUUGCAGAAGUGCUUGACAGCUUAUGGUUUACCCACGCGCCUCGAUGAUGAAAAAAUUCGUAAGCUAUCGGGCGGAAAGGUAUGCACUGUAGAUGGCAUGUUGAAAAAGAUGGGCGUCGACAAGAAGAAUGAUGGCGCCAAAAAGAAGGUGGUUCUGCUUUCUGCCAUUGGUAGAACCUAUGAGCAGAAGGCAAGCGUGGUUUCCGACUCUGACCUCCGAGUGGUCCUAUCGCCCAGUGUUGACGUGCUCCCUGGAGUUCCUCAAGAUCUGAAUGUUGUUUGUGCUCCACCAGGGUCCAAAAGUAUCUCAAACAGAGCUUUAGUACUAGCCGCACUCGGAAAGGGAACUUGUCGAGUAAAGAAUUUGCUAACAUCUGCCGACACCGAAGUCAUGCUUGAAGCGUUAAGUAAGCUAGGAGCGACAACAUUCUCUUGGGAAGAAGAUGGAGAAGUUCUGGUUGUUGAUGGUAAGGGUGGUCAACUCUACGCAAGUCAGUCGGAGCUUUAUCUUGGUAAUGCUGGCACGGCCGCGAGAUUCCUGACUACUGUUGUCACCCUUACUCAUCUGAGCCAUGUGAGCUCAACAGUGCUGACUGGAAAUGCCCGGAUGAAGCAACGUCCCAUUGGAGAUCUGGUUGACGCUCUGAAGACGAAUGGUGCUGGAAUAGAGUACCUUGAGACUGUCGGCUGUCUGCCACUAAAUAUUACCGCAUCUGGCGGCUUCAAUGGUGGCGUGAUCGAACUCGCAGCCAAAGUCUCGUCACAGUAUGUGUCAUCCCUUUUGAUGUGUGCUCCAUACGCAAAGCAGCCGGUGACCCUGAAGCUCAUUGGUGGAAAACCUGUAUCUCAACCAUAUAUCGACAUGACUAUCGCCAUGAUGGCUGCCUUUGGAAUUGAGGUGCGGAAAUCCCAGGCAGAAGAACAUACUUAUCACAUUCCUCAAGGCGGCUACGUCAACCCGGAGGAAUAUGUGGUCGAAAGUGAUGCAAGUUCUGCAACAUAUCCAUUGGCCAUUGCUGCUAUCACUGGAACAACUUGUACAAUUCCGAACAUUGGCUCUACAUCUCUACAAGGAGACUCGCGCUUCGCAAUAGACGUGCUGAGACCCAUGGGAUGUGAAGUCAAACAGACCCGAACUUCAACAACCGUGACGGGGCCAUCAAGUGGCGUUUUACAACCGCUCCCAAACAUUGACAUGGAGCCCAUGACAGAUGCUUUCCUCACGGCAUCAGUCUUGGCCGCAGUUGCCCAAGGGGGCAAAUCCAAUACUACACGAAUCUAUGGCAUCGCGAAUCAACGUGUAAAAGAGUGCAAUCGAAUACAAGCAAUGCAAGACGAACUAGCCAAAUUCGGUGUGAAGUGUAGGCAAUUCGAUGACGGCAUUGAGAUAGAUGGCAUUGAUCGAAGACAAUUGCAGCAGCCCAAAGCAGGUGUUCAUUGCUACGACGACCACCGCGUCGCAAUGAGCUUCAGCGUUCUUGCUCUAGCAGCACCUCAGCCCAGCCUUAUCCUUGAAAAAGAGUGCACGGGAAAGACAUGGCCAGGCUGGUGGGAUACGCUCACGCAGCAGUUCCUUGUUAAGUUGGAAGGCAAAGAAUUAGAGGCUACUACAGUUCACACGAAGAAGAAGCUUGAUAGAGCUUCAGCGUCCGUCUUCAUAAUCGGCAUGAGAGGAGCCGGAAAGACAACCUCCGGCAGAUGGGCCUCCCGAUCUUUGGGCAAGAAGCUAAUAGACCUUGACACUGAACUUGAGAAGCGCGAGAAAGCCACAAUCCCUGACAUCGUCCGACAGCACGGCUGGGAUUAUUUCCGAGCUCGCGAGUUGGCGCUUUUGAAAGCUGUGGUGAAGGAGCUGCCUACAGGUCAUAUAUUUGCAUGUGGCGGUGGAGUAGUUGAGACUGCUGAAGCUCGGAAGCUUUUCAUCGACUGGCACCAGAAGACAGGACACGUGUUACUGGUAGAACGUAACAUCAACGAGGUUAUGGACUUCUUACAGAUCGAUAAAACACGACCAGCUUACGUUGAAGACAUGAUGGGUGUCUGGCUGAGGAGAAAGCCAUGGUUCGAGCAGUGCAGCAACAUUCUCUAUUACAGCCAGAGCAUCCCCAACGAACAGAUGUCCGAAGCUGCCGAGGACUUUGAUCGUUUCUUAAAGAUGGUUAGCGGUAAGAUCGACGCCCUUGGAAAGCUCAAACGCAAGCCUGAGUCUUUCUUCGUAUCGUUGACUUUCCCUGAUCUUCGACCACAUCUAAGCAUCCUUCCAGAAGUUUGCUUGGGAUCUGAUGCAGUCGAGCUCCGUGUUGACCUGCUCAAAGAUCCCCAAUCAGCCAGUGAUAUCCCUUCACAGGAGUACGUCACAUCCCAACUCUCCCUCCUCCGUGCAACCGUGCCCCUCCCUGUCGUUUUCACGAUCCGAACAACAUCGCAAGGCGGCAAGUUUCCAGACGCAGCUUACGAUGAAUACCUCGGACUAAAUACCCUGGCCAUCCGCAUGGGCAGCGAAUUCGUGGAUCUAGAGGUUGGGACCUUCCCGGACGAUAUGCUCAAAAAAAUCCAUGAUCUCAAGAACGAUAGCCACAGCAAGAUCAUUGCUUCCCACCACGACCCGCAGGGCCGCCUUUCCUGGUCCAAGCCUGGCUCCUGGAUCCCUAUUUACAACAAAUGCCUGCAGUUCGGUGACGUGGUGAAACUAAUCGGCAUCGCCUCCUCCCUGGACGACAACUUUUCGCUUCGACGCUUCAAGCAAUGGUCGGCAUCGCAGCACCCUGAUCUCCCACUGAUCGCCAUCAACAUGGGACGAGCCGGGCAGGUGUCACGCAUCCUAAACCGUUUCAUGACACCCGUCUCACACCCAGCGUUGCCAUUCAAAGCGGCACCAGGACAAUUGUCCGCAACCGAGAUCCGCCAGGGGCUCUCGCUGAUGGGUGAAAUCGUGCCGAAGCAGUACUACCUCUUCGGCUCGCCCAUUUCUGCGAGCAAGUCACCUGCCCUUCACAAUACCUUCUUCCAGAAGACAGGUCUCCCCCAUAGCUACUCACUAUGCGAGACAACAUCGGUCGAAGUGAUGAGGGAGAAGAUCCGAGCGGAAGACUUCGGGGGCGCCAGCAUCACGAUUCCCUUGAAGCUGGACGUAAUGGGCCUGCUGGACGUGAUCGAUGCAUCGGCACGACUGAUCGGCGCGGUCAACACGAUCGUGCCUGUCAUCGACCCGAAGACGGGCAAAAAACUCCUCGAGGGCCGCAACACCGACUUCUUGGGCAUGGGUGACUGUCUGAGAGCGGCAGGCGCGAGCGCCGCUCUGGGUGAAGGCCCACAGUCUGGCCUGGUCAUUGGGGGCGGUGGCACCGCGCGCGCAGCGAUUCAGACCCUGUACAGCAUGGGCUAUGGGCCCGUCUACCUGAUUGCGCGGAACAAGGGCAAGCUGGCGGAGCUCAAGGCCACGUUCCCGCCAUUCUAUGAUCUCCAUGUCCUCGAUGCAGGAGACAAAUCCUCUCUGCAGGCCAUCACGCGCGAACCACCUAGCGUCGCCAUCGCCACAAUUCCGGCGAAUGAGCCGAUUGACCCUGCACUGGGAGCGGCUCUGCACGCCAUGUUCGCGGCAUCAACGCAGAACAAGAAACCCGGCGGAGGUGUGCCCACGCUCCUCGAGCUGGCGUACAAACCUGUUCAUACCGCCGUGAUGGCUAUGGCCGAAGAGGUUGGUGGCUGGAGCACCGUCCAGGGCCUCGAGACCCUCGUCACUCAGGGGCUCUGGCAGUUCGAGUACUGGACGGAUAUCAGAGUGAGAGGCGUUGGCCAGCGGAUUGCGAGGGUAAGUUCGUUCUUUUCCCCCCUCUAA